CCAUGGUAUAACAGUCUUCUCGGCGGCUAGAGUGUUUUCUAUCGUUUGCACGAACAACAUAAUAGCAAGUUAAAAAAGACGCGCGGUUCGAUAACGAUCAAGUCUAAUUUAAUCCGAGUUUCGCAAUUUGAUACGAUAUCAUCCGUGUUAUCGUACUACUACACAUCCAUCGUGCGCACGGCUCGCUAUAAAUUUAUGCUGAUGUAGACAGUAACCGCAGACAGCAGUGGUUAGCGUAGACGUUAGAAUCUAUUCCGCAAAAAGUAGCAAAAAUGGUGUUCACCUGUUUCGCGUUUGUUGCUGGAGGAUUGACUGUGUUGGUUGUCUAUUUAAUAAACAAAUACAGUUAUUGGAAGAGGCAGGGAAUUCCGACAGCGAAAGGAGUGGUACCAUGGGUGGGCCACAUGUUACCUGUAUUAACUCUGAGGACAACUCUUUCGCAAUUGGUUCGCAAGAUGUACGAAGAGAAUAAAAAUCACAGCAUGAUUGGGUUUUACAAAAUAAGGUCCCCGGUACUAGUUGUCCGUGAACCACAGUUAAUAAAAACCAUCAUGCAGAGCAAUUUUUCGAGUUUUCACAAAAAUGCCAUGAUGACAAUUCACACUGAGUUGGAUCCUUUGCUAGCCAAGAAUCCCUUUUUCAUGAAUGGCGAGGGGUGGACAAUCACAAGAAGACGAUUCACUUACGCGUUCUCUGGCCUGCGAUUGAAAAUGCUUUUCGGAGCUGUGAGCGGAGUGUGCAAGAAAUUCGAGGAUUUCCUCCAGAGGCGGCUACAGGCAACCAACAAAUACGAAGUUGAACUGAAGUCUUUGUUUUCCAGAUUCACGGGCGAAGUUGUGGCGAACGCUGGUUUCGGCGUCGAGGGAUAUUGCAUGGACGAUGAAUCGCAAUCCAAGUCUUUCGAUCAGCUGGGGAAAGCUAUGCUCGAGCCAAAUUUGAAGAACGCGAUUGCGAAUACUAUUAUUUCAUUCGUACCUGAGCUCAGUAAAGUACUGAAGAUCGCUUUUGUGCCAAAGAAGGUUGACAGGUUCGUGAGGAACGUGAUUUCGGAAAAUCUGGAGAUGAGACGAAAGUCCUCGAUACCGAGAAACGACUUCCUCCAAGUGAUGAUCGAUCUUGAUAAAUCCGAAGGAAAGACGUUGGACGACGAGCAACUCACAGCUGACGCGUUAUCCUUCUACCUUGACGGCUACGAAACGUCUAGCAUCACCCUCAGUUUCGUCGGAUACCAAUUGGCCACUCAUCCAGACGUUCAAGAGAAGUUGAGGAAUGAAAUUACAUCCACGAUUGCCAAACACGGCGGUACCUUAACGUUUGAUGCUCUCAAGGAUAUGACGUACAUGGACCAAGUGAUCAGCGAGUCGCAGAGAUUGUUUCCGGCUGUGGGUGUUAUAUCGAAGCAAUGCACAGAAGAAUUCGAGCUUCAAGGAUCUGAUGGAUUGUGUUUCCGAGUGAAACCUGGAACAGUGAUCUCUAUUCCCAUUUAUGCGCUGCACACGGAUCCCGAAUACUGGCCAGAUCCUCAAGUUUUCGACCCGGAACGAUUCAGCAACGACAGAAAGCAAUCUAUACAAAAAAUGACGUUUCUUCCUUUCGGUGAAGGUCCAAGAAUAUGCCUCGGAAUGAGGAUCGCUAUACUGCAGAUGAAAGCUUGCAUAGCUACUCUGGUGAGAAGCUACAAGCUCGAGUUGUCCCCAAAAACGCAGCUUCCCUUACAAUUAUACCCAACUCACAUCCUGGCUGCUCCUGUUGGAGGCUUGUGGGUGAAUAUUUCCAAAAUUUGAUGUAA